CCCAGGUCCGUCUCGGUGGUGUCCUGAUUUCAUUCAUUUCCGGUCCCUAAAUCCCAUACACUCCCCACAAUCGCUUGCUUCAACUAACUUUCAUCAUCAUGGGGAAACCGACUGCUUCCCCAAUUCCCGGCAUUGCCGGAAGCAGCUCCAGCGACGCCGAUGCCGUGUCGCUCCAUACCCAGCCCGGCGACCGGGCAUUUGACGAUGAUGUGCCGGAGCUGCAACCCGACGACCUCCCUCCUCUCUAUACAGAUAUUGAGCCAAACGCCGCCGCCAAUGCGCCGCUGCUUCCCAACAUCCACCAACCAGACUAUGUCACGGACGCCCUGCGUGACGGCCAAGGGCUGCAUGAAAUCGAUGCCGGCUCAACUGUUGAAUUCUUCAUGCACCCGCGCCUGGAUAACGAGCCGGGCGUACUUGAAAAGCAGAUCAGACUCUCCGCGGAGAAGCCGCCGCGGUCGUUUGUCCGCAUCCGUGGGACCCACACUCAGAUGGUCGAGGAGAAAGGCAAGCGGGAGAAGAAGACGGUCACGGACUUCGACGUGUCGGUCGAGCUGACACCCUAUCUCUUUUCCGACGCCACGAGGGGCGUGUCGUGGAAGGAACUGCGCACCGUUGAGAACCAGGAGAAGGCGCGGCGCGGGACCAUCCUGCGGAAACGGGCGCCUGGCGUGAAGCGCGACAUCGAGAUCACCGAGCCGAAGCCGACGCUGGCGGAGUGGUGCCAUCGGUACUGCGCCAGCCAUGCCGGGGUCAAGAGCUUCGUGCUGCAGCGGCGGGUGGUCGGCUUCGACCACAAGAGGAUGAAGGACCAGCUCGAGGCCCUUGUGCGCGGGACCAAUUACCGAGGCAAUGUCGACAUCACGUUCCCGGUCAAGGACAACAUUGUCAUCGUGUACAACGAGUGCAGGGUCAAUAGGUGGAGACUCACACCGUGGAUCGUGUGGUUGUGCUACCUCACUUUCCUCUGGCUGUUCACCUGGCCGUUCCUCUUCUUCCGGACCAAGAAGUUCGAGGUCGCUAUGGCAGACUGGCCCUUCUCCGUGACCGAAGAAAACGGCAACAAACGCUAUGUCAGCAUGUCGGAAGCCCACAUCUACAACCUGUGGGGCCGGGCCAUAAGUCGCGCAGUUCUGGACAAGCGCCAGGGGACGCUAGACCAGGCGGAUCUGAUUGCGUCCCAGACGGACCCCUCGGAGCCUUUCGGCAACAUCCUGGAAGGCGCGCCAAGGUUCCUUCGAGAGGGUAUCAAUGCCAUAACCGCGGUGAAUCGCCAACUCGGCUGGGGUGGGGAUUCGUUUUAGAGCGCAUUUGGAUGUUGGAUUUGGGUGCGUCUUGGAUCUUACCGGGUGGCUUGUCCGCGUCGUCUCGUGUGCCGGCGUUCUUCUGGGUUUUGCCAUAGUUGGUUCUUUGCACCCUGAUCCGGACUGCAUGCCGUGUCGUAUAUAGCACUUUGUACCUGCGCUCUUUGAACAUCUUCCACCGUGUUCUACGACGCGGCCUUG